GUACCUCUGGCAGCAUUGGGAGAAGACCAGAACUUAACCCAAACACGCAUAGAGACUACUACCAUGAAGCCCUGGGUUCUCCUACUCAACGUGAUCAUCUAUGGGGUUGUGAUGCCUCUGCCUGUGCUGGGAGGCCUCAGGAACAAGACAUUUUUUUCAGUUGGAAGAACAGUGGUCGAGCAGUGCUGGAUACAGCCUCUGUUACAGUACUGUGAGAAGAGGUGCACUAGAUUACAGGAGUGUUUAUCUCCCAAUCAUACAUGCUGCUGGACCUUCUGUGGAAACAUCUGCUUGGACAAUGAAGAACCCUUUAAAUCCAUGCUAAACCUCUAGGCUCUAGCUGCCCCACCACUGAUGUGGGCUAGAGGAUGCCUAUGUAGUCUAAGAAGAGUGCUGCCUGGCUACCUGUUGAGUUAUUCCCUUGCCCUGGCUGAGGACCAUUCUAUUCUCCCCUUGAUCUCUCUGUCCUGAGAAGUUUCAAGUCUCAGCCAAAUAAACUGACAACCAACCCGAGGGCUCUGCAGUGUGUUAUACUCCAUUCCUGUGGUUCCAUUUGUCUCUUCACAGUGAUCGAACUGUUCUU